CAUCCCCUCCGCCUCUUGCUUAUCCUUCAUCAAACCCCCACCAGAAGGCCCAGACUCUCAUCACCAUUACAGUGAGAAAAAAAAAAAAAGUAAAAAAUCCCAAACCAGUAAAAUUGGGAAUAAAUCUCAUUCGAAGAAGACGAAUAGAUGACCUUGGUUUCUUUCUAAGGUUUUAGUUUCCAUGUGGGCAUCAUCAUCAUCAUCAGCAGCAGCAACCACUCUCUUCCCUCUUCGUUGUGAUGUUUAGAAGCAACAACGUCGCUUCGAGGGUUUUCGAGCGCCAAUUAAUCACUCCUCGUCCUGGAACCAGCGUAAAUCUAAUGAGGCAAUUUUAUGAGAAUUUCGUCCCAAGUUAUACUAUAUUUGACGUAGAGUGCCCAGAUCAUUUUUUCCGCAAGAUUACAGAUGAUGGAAAAUACCUGAUAAGCUUCAGCAGAAAUCAUCAUGAUCUCAUUGUUUACAGACCCAUAUGGAUGACUUAUUCAUGCAAAGGCGAGAAUUGUGAUUUGCAUGCUCCGCCUCCAAAGGCAAAGAGGUUUGACAGCUUCUUCAGUCAGCUCUAUUGUGUACCACUUGCAUCAGGCAACGAGUUUAUUUGCAAAGAUUUUUUUCUGUACGUGGAGAGUCACCAGUUUGGCUUAUUUGCAACAUCAACUGCACAAAAUCAUGAUGCACCUGCCACUGAAGGUGCAAUUAAUGGAGUUCCUUCUUUUGAGAAGAUAACAUUUCACCUUGUAAGGUUGGAAGAUGGAAUUAUAUUGGAUGAAAAGGUGUUUUGCAAUGAUUUUGUUAACCUGGUUCAUAGCAUGGGGGUCUUCUUGCAUGAGGAUUUAUUGUGUAUAAUGUCCCUUCGAUAUCAGACAAUACAUAUUCUGCAAAUUCGUGAUUCUGGAAACCUUGUUGAUGUACGAAUGAUAGGGACAUUCUGUCGAGAAGAUGAUGAGCUCUUUCUUAACUCCCAUUCUCCGGUCACUCAGGGAAGUUCUUUUCUAAGCGGUAUCAAACAACGGCUGCUUUCCUUCAUUUUUCGCAAGACAUGGAAUGAAGAAGCAGAUCAAACUCUGAGGGUUCAACAUCUCAAAAAGAAGUUCUACGUUCACUUCCCUGAUUUUGUUGACCUUAUCAUGUGGAAGGUACAGUUUUUGGAUCGUCAUCAUCUUCUAAUCAAGUUUGGUAGUGUAGAUGGAGGGGUUUCACGAAGUACCGAUCAGCAUCCAGCAUUUUUUGCUGUGUACAACAUGGAAACAACAGAAUUUGUUGCUUUCUAUCAGAAUUUUUCAGAAGAACUUUACAAGUUGUAUGAGCACUUCUACGACCAUUUUCAUGCAACAUCAAGAAAUUCACUGCAUGCAAAUUUCAUAUCAUCUCAUUCCAAUAAUGUCCAUGCUCUUGACCAAAUUUGCAAUCUCAGACAUAAAGCAAACAGCUCACAGUUUGUGAAGAAGAUUUUGACUAUGUUACCUUUCCCCUGCCAGUCUCAGAGUCCUUCUCCAUAUUUUGAUCUAUCACUGUUUCGGUAUGAUGAAAAGUUGAUUUCAGCAACAGACCGACAUAGACAUGCCACUGAGCAUCCAAUCAAAUUCAGUUCAAGGAGACCACCAAACUCAGUGAAGUUUAAGAUAAAACCAGGACCGGAGGGGGAAGCAGGCGGUCAAGAUAGUAGGCCAAAGAGGAUCUCAUCGUUCCUUUUCCACCCUUUCUUACCAUUUGCUCUUUCUAUACAGCAGACCUUCAUGCAACCAACAGUCGUCAAUAUCCAUUUGUGGAGAUGAGAUCCACUUUCUUUUUUUUUUCCCCCUCCUUUCCCUCGUGUAAGAGAUCUUGCAGUGGAACAAGCUUCAAAAAAAGCGGAUAGGAUUUAUCUUGGAAUUUUUGCUUGUGGAGAGGGACACGCAAUCUUUCUCCAUCAUGUAUAUGUACAUGUAAUUUCUUCUCAUCAUUUUCACGAAAUAGCUCAGCUAACAGGCAUGUCAAUGUGAAGGUGGCUUUGUUGUUGGCCAAGAGAUGGGAAAAGAUGAAUAUCAAGUAGUAAUAUUCGUCUGUUAAUAGGUUUGAUGAAUUGUGGCGCCUAGAAAUUUUUGGUGCAUUAUCUCAAUGAAAGGUUUCAAAAUAAUGGAAGUUUAUUGAA